AUCUACUAAUUCAAAAAAAAAAAAAAAAACAAAUCUUCCUUGUCCAAUAAGGAAAUAAAAUCAAACCGCCUCUCCAUGUACAACGACAUCAGUUCCUUGUUAACUCUGGUUGACAAGGAAACUUCUGUGUGUCUGCCUGUUUUACUUCGCUUAGUAGCACUACAAAUCUCUGAUAUUUCUUUCUUUUUGAGCGAUUCUUACGUUUAUAUUAUACACAUUCCCUCUUCCUUCUUCUUCUUCCAAGGUUAAUUCUGGUUUCUUGAUCUUUUCUUGGGUAUUGUUACUUGAUCAUCACUAGUCUUUGUGCAAUGAAAAUGAUUGUAGCUGCUGAUGCCGACGCUGGUUUUCCCAGCUCGAAAGAUUCCGGCCCAGCUCCGGCAAUGACUUUUUGGGCGAGUAAAUGGAAGGGAUGGCUUCCUCAGGUUGAGGGUUUGGCCAAUGCAAGCAUGAAAGUGAAUGAAAACAAGCUAACUGUGGCCUCCAAAAAGACCUGCGUUUGUGCACCAACUAGCCAUGCUGGUUCAUUCAGGUGCCAUCUUCACCGAGCUACUAGAAGCACUGCUGCUCAAAUGUCAGAGGAGUAUAACAAUGACAAGGAAAGUAGUGAAAAUCUUGACUUCAUGAAGAUGAUCCUGUAUCGCAAGUUCUCCAACGAAAAACCUCAGUUAUCAAGGUUUGGCAGGGCUGCUGCUGCUGCGGCUGUUAACAAUGCUUAUAGCAAUUCUAAUUAAGAGCUUGAACUCCACAAGGUGUAGAUGACCCUUUUGUGUCCCCCGAGUUUUCAAUUGGUAAAAUGUAAAUGACUGGAGUCGGAUGCUAUGCACAUAUUCUUUUGCUUUCUCAGUCAUAUAAUACAAAUAUAUAUAUAGUGCUAUUCCUUCUUC